AUGCAACAACAAUCAGAAAUCUCAAAACAAGUCUUUAUAUCUCCAGAUUUAUCAGAUAACUAUAACAAUAACAAUAGCAAUAUCAAUACCAAUAACAACAAUUCCAUUAAUGAUUAUGAAAACCAAAAUAAUGGCUUAGUGGUACCACAAUCAAAUCAAAAUCAACAAUACCAAGAUGACCAAAAUGAUUCUUUUGAUGAUGACUCAAUGGAUGAAGGUGAAGAAAAAAGUAAUUUAAUUAUUGAUGAAUCACAACAAAAUUCUUUAAAUAAUAACAAUAAUAAUAGUGAAAAUAAUAAUAUUAAUAAUAGUGAAAAUAACAAUAUUAAUAAUAGUGAAAAUAAUAUUCAUAAUAAUAAUAAUAAUAAUAAUAAUAAUAAUAAUAAUAAUAAUAAUAAUAAUAAUAAUAAUAAUAAUAAUAAUAAUAAUAAUAAUAAUAAUAAUAAUAAUAAUAAUAAUAAUACUAUAAAUAAUAAUAAUAAUAAUAAUAAUAUAAAUAAUAAUAUAAAUAAUAAUAAUAAUAAUUACAAUAAUAAUAAUAUUAAUAAUAAUAAUAAUAUUAAUAAUAAUAAUAAUAAUAAUAAUGAAAAUAAUAAUAAUAAUGAAAAUAAUAAUAAUAAUAAUGAGAAUAAUAAUAAAUUUAUUGGUUCACCAAUGGGUGAGCCACAAAUUAAUAAUAAUAAUAAUAAUAAUAAUAAUAAUAAUAAUAAUAAUAAUAAUAAUAAUAAUAAUAAUAAUAAUAAUAAAAAUAAUAAUAAUAAUAAUAAUAAUAACAAUAAUAAUAAUAAUAAUAGAAAAUUUGAUGAUCAACAAAUUAUUAAAGAUCUUGAGAAUCGUUUAAAAGAAGCAAAAAAAACUAAUCAAUUACUUGAUGAAAAAUGUAAUCAACUUAAAAAAAAUAUAACCGAGAAGAAUCAUUUACUUUCAAGGUAUAUAAAUACAUUAAAUAGUUCAGUUUUACAAAAAAAAACACUAAAUAGAAAUCGUUCAAGAUCAAGAUCACGUUCAAAUUCAAGAUCACAUUCUAGAUCACGUUCAAGAUCACGUUCAUUAUCUUCUAUUUCUCGUUCAAGAUCACGUUCAAGAUUAAUCUAUUCACGUUCACCAUCUCAAUCACCACAAAAAAAUAAUAAUAAUAAUAACAAUACUAAUAAAUCAAACAGUAACAACAAUAAUAAUCACUUUAAUAAUAACAAUAAUAAUAACAAUAAUAAUAACAAUAAUAAUAACAAUAAUAAUAACAAUAAUAAUAACAAUAAUAAUAAAAGAAAGUCAGAAGAUGAUAAUCAAGAUGAUGGUAAAAAGAAACAUAGAAAAAAUGCAAUUUGGACCCAAGAGGAGGACGAGAAGAUGGCUCAACUUUAUAAUAAAUAUGGAAAAAGUUGGAAAGCAAUUCAUAGUCAUUUCGAUGAUAAAACUAGAGAACAAGUUCAAAGUCAUGGUCAAUAUUUAAUUAGAAUCGGAAAAUUAGAAGAUAUUCAUCGUGAUGGUAGAAAAGAAAGAAGAAAGGGUAAACAAGCAUUACAAGAAAGACAACAACAAUUAGAACAACAAAAUCAACAAAAUAAUAAUAAUAACAAUUACAAUAAUAAUAUUAAUAAUAAUAGUAAUUAUAAUAAUAAUAAUAAUAAUAUUAAUAAUAGUAUUAAUAAUAAUAAUAGUAAUCAAAAUAACUAUAGUGACAAUAAUAGUAAUAAUAAUAAUAACUAUGGUGAUAAUAAUAUUACACAUAAUAACUAUAAUGAUAAUAGUUUAAAUUCCAGUAAUUAUGUUAAUAACGAUAACUAG